UAAACGUGUGGCCUAGACUAACGACUCUCAAACCCUCCCGUGCCAACCGCACGUUUGGUAAAUCUUCUGCCGCCGUAGUACCGUUGUUCAUGGCCGCCGCCGCCGCCGGCACGAGCACCUCCGUGUCGCCCCACGUGAUAGGUUCCACGGUUGUUGAGCUGACCCGAACCGGUAGCCGCACCGGCGCCCCGUUCUCGGUCCGGAUCUCUGCGAAGGGCAACGGCGUGUUCACUCGCGACGAGGCGCAGGGGCCGUCUUGCAUCUUUGUCGGCCCGAUCGAGACUGCCAGCAAAGAAACCCUAGAAGCCCUCUAUCGCCAGGCACAGGAUGCAUAUUACAGCGGGAAUCCUUUAAUAGUUGAUGAUAUGUUUGAUAGAGUAGAGUUGAAACUGCGGUGUUAUGGUUCAAAAUAUGUUGUCAAGUACCCGCGGUGCAGUCUUAGAAGGCAGUCAACAUAUGCUGAUGCUGAGGAAGACCCUUCACAGGUUUUUGCAUUAGCAAGUGUGUGGAUCCUGUUUCUCGGGUUUGGCAUUUCAGUAUGUCUUGCACCAAUAAUCUACACUAUGAUUCUAGCUUAUCAAGAUGCAUUCGGUUCAGAAUUUUCGUACAGCAGACAGGCAUCUUUGGAGUUUCUUGCUACAUUAAAUGGCAUUCUUACUAUGAUAUUUGGAUCUCUGAUUGGUUAUCCAAUUGCAUCAGCUUCUGUUGGAGCACUUCAGGGUCUUUGGAAGAAUGAUUUGGUAGCACUGAAGGGAGCCUGCCCUAACUGUGGAGAGGAGGUUUUCGCAUUUGUGAGAUCAGAUCAAUCUAAUAACUCUCCUCAUAGAGCAGAUUGCCAUGUAUGUGAAUGCUCUCUGGAAUUUCGCACCAAGAUUGAGCAAUCCAUCACAAGAUCAGGUAGAAGGUGGGUUUAUGGACGCAUAUACUUGAUUCGACGGCGCAGGAAUUCUCGUCAAAGAUGGAUGUAGGAUGCAUUGGCAUGUCAAGAUGUCAUUCUUCGUCUCCAUUGUCAUCUUUACCAGGCAAAGCAUUGCAUUGCAUGCUGUUGAGUGAUUUUUUUUUCUCUUUCAAAUUUUUCCCCCGUGCAAUUGUAAUACCAGUAGAACAGGCACUCUGCAACAGUCAAAUGUCUUGUAUUAUGCGACCUGAUUAGACUCACUUCUAUAAGAACUCAAGUGAAUAAUAUUAUCUUCUCUUAUUAUUGUUUAUAUCA